UGUUAUAGAACUAUAUUUGUAUUAUUUAGUCGUUUUAAAUUUUGUGUGUUACGGUACAUUUGGAGCAGCCCAUGUGAUAAACAUUAUUUAAAGGUUUAUAUAUUUAUAGCUUUUGCAGUUGCAUUUAAUGAACUAGCUGUCCAAGCUAGCAGGUUAGCAUUUUAGCUCGAGCUUCUCUCCGGUGAUUUUGGUUGAAAUUUCGCACUUGGGUAUGGACCCUGCUGCCAGGAUCAGAUCAUCUAAGGAUCUGAUUCAGAAAACAGACAGCGAAAAGGUUUUAAAUGAUGGACCGAAGCGUGUACCCGUGAAUCAGAACUUCCACAAAGCAGCACCUACACCCACUCACAUGCCUGUACUCGGUGUGUCUCAGGGACCACAGCGAAUCCAGAAGCCUCGCGUUCAACCCAAAACCCCCUGUACUGGCGAGCAGAACAUAAUCCCGAACCAGAUUCAGCCUAAACCCCAACCGCCGCAAAUCCAGCAAAAACCCGGUCAGGCUGGCACAGAGUGUGUUAAACCUGCUGAAGCCAACAAACAGGAGAGGCCUUCAUUGAAAGAUAAACCUGCCAGUCAGAUCUUGAGUGCAUCCGGUUCCGCCAAGAAGCCAUGGAGUCUGGAGAACUUUGACAUCGGUCGGGCGCUGGGGAAGGGCAAAUUUGGAAGCGUGUACCUGGCGAGGGAGAGACAGACCAAGUUUAUCCUGGCCUUAAAGGUUCUUUUUAAGAAGCAGCUGGAAAAAGCUGGUGUGGAGCAUCAGCUGAGGAGAGAGGUGGAGAUCCAGUCACAUCUCAGGCAUCCCAACAUCCUGCGGCUGUACGGCUACUUCCACGACUCGGCGCGCGUCUAUCUCAUCCUGGAGUUCGCUCCUAGGGGAGAGCUGUAUGGCGAGCUACAGCGCUGUGGGACGUUCAACGAUCCACGCAGUGCCACGUAUAUAAUGGAGCUGGCUGACGCCCUGUAUUACUGCCACUCAAAGAAAGUCAUCCACCGGGACAUCAAACCUGAGAAUCUCUUACUGGGAUCCACCGGAGAGCUGAAGAUUGCUGAUUUCGGGUGGUCUGUCCACACCCCUUCCUCAAGGAGGUCCACGCUGUGCGGCACCCUGGACUAUCUUCCUCCAGAGAUGAUCGAGGGCAAAACCCACGACGAGAAAGUAGACCUCUGGAGUCUCGGCGUUCUCUGUUACGAGUUCCUGGUGGGGCGGCCUCCGUUUGAAACCAAAAGCCACGAGGAAACGUACCGCAAAAUAUCCAAGGUCGAGUUCACCUAUCCAGCCCACGUAAGCGAAGGUGCGAGAGAUCUGAUCAACAGUCUUCUGAAACACAACCCGUUGCACCGACUUCCCAUCCAGGGAGUCCUGAGCCACCCCUGGGUUGUGCAGAACUCCACCAAAGAGCCGACCGCUUUCCCUCAAGCCACUAAAGACGCCGAGCAAUCGUGACCUUCUUCCUGGCACCUCAAACUGUGGAGUACACUCGUGUCUCGCUGAGCCUUUUGUCAUUUCCUGCGUUUGUCACGUUUCCAUCUUCGCCUUUCUGUAAAUAUUUACCUGUUCAGAAUUAUGAAACUUUUACCUGUUAUGACUUGAAUAAUAAACAUGCUUUUAUGUGUCGAAAUUGCUAAAUACAAUGAGGACGAUUCCCAGAACUAUUGAAACACAUUUUGCUCUGUGGUUUGCUCUUUGCAUGAAUGUUUUGUAUGUAAAUGUGCUUCUGAUCAGACCUGUGCAGUAUUUUGGGGUUAUUGUUUUGUUUUUAUUUCUCCAGAGAAGUGCAAUAUGUGACUGGUCAGGUUCUCUUCAGGCCUGGAGCUUUCGCUGGGGGGCUUUGUGUUUGAAAUCAUUUCAGAUCACUCGUCUUAAUUUAAAGGCAACACUGAAUUACUUUCAAGUUUACUGUUUAUUAAUAAAUAAUGUUAAAUAUUA